AUAGCAGGGAGGUAGGCUGAUAUUGUUUGCUAAUUUUUAAUUUAGAUUGUAUUUAUUGUACGGAUAUAUCUGUGUAAUUACCGAAGAACUUAAACAUUAAAUUGAUUAAUAGCUUUUCUGCUAUACUUUGCAGUUAUCAAAAUGACUAUUAAUUUUGUGACCUGCUACAAUUUAUUCCUGGAGGCUGGAGUAUUGAGGUGUUUAUUUUUGUGUGACUUGAAACUAUACAUUUAAACGAGAGGUAAAAGAGCAAGUCAAUAUUCGAAGGUCUAUUUUUACCUCAUUAUUUAGUUUAUUACUAAUUAAAAACUAUGGCGUCUACACCAACGUCUCAACAAACGACGGAUGAAGAAGGCCGGAAUGAAUUCCACCGUGUCAUCUCAUUGCAGUAUGAAUGUGUUACGGAUGUACUGCGAGAGCUUCUAGAUUACAAGUUAUCAAUGAAUAAUAUCAGUUUAGAAAGAUACCUAAGAAGUUGCCAAAUCCACUUAUUGGGAAAGAAAUAUGUAACACAAUCACAGGAAGAGUUAUUGAAAUCCCCCAAUCCAGACUCAAAAAACAUGGAUUUAACAAUGUUAACGAUGAUAUUACUUGCAAAAUGUAAACAUAUGAUUAACAUUACGCCAAGAGAAAAAACGUUAAUAGAAACUUUGAGAGAACAUAGAAACGCACUUGCUCAUAAUAGUACCGGUCGCCUGAGUGACAAUAAGUUAUUUACAGAAACUAGCAAUGAUAUUAUGACACUUGCAAAAUCUCUUAAAGUGACUAGCCAAAAUAAUUUGAAAGCCUGUAUUGAUGAAUUAAAGCAGAGAGCAUGCGUCAGAAUACACUCCAAACUCGACAUCAUGGAGUUUAACAAGGAGCAGUUGCGUGUAGUUCUCGUACAUAAGGAAGAAAACGGAGAAGUGGAAGACGAGGUAUUCAGUGAAACAUUGCUGAAAUUCAACUUAACAAAAUGGGCGAGGCAGAUAUCACGAGGCUUUGACGUACAGAAAAUGCUGAAAACUCUCCAACAACAGAAUGUUAUAACAGAAGAAGUAGUAAAGAGAAUAGAGGACACCGUAUAUGAAUGCAAUAAAGCAGUUGCAUUCAUUGAGUUUCUAAUCAAAGAUGGGACAAAAAUUCAAAUUUUGAAAUAUUGUAAACAACUUCGGGCUGAAGGUCAACAUUUAGCAGACCUCAUUGAAGGAAAGAAUACGGACGGCCGCGAAACUGUCGAUGAAAUCAAGAAACAGGAAGAACACAAACUGAAAGAAGUGCUACAUGAACUGAUAACAGUUAUGGAAACAUGCGAAGAAACAUGCGAAGCUGUGCAUAUCUAUGUAGAAGAAAAACUAGGCUGUGAUGUUUCAUUUUCAUUAUUAAAUGAGACUAUGGACCGUUUGUUUGGAUGCACUGAUAAAGAUGGCUGGUAUGAAGGUAUAUCUAUACAAAAGAGAAGUGACGAGGAUGGCAAAAAAGAAAAAACUAUUGAUGAUAAAGUUAGUGUUGCAGCAAUGUCAUUUGAAGAUUAUGCAAAUUACAUGGGAAGUCAGUUCCGCUCUAUUGGCGAAGAUAUCUGUGAGAAGAUAACCAGUGCCAUAAAAGGCGAAGCUCUUCAAAUGGAAACAUUUAGUGAAUUGACCAAUGAGGAGCUGAACGAAUGUUUUGCUCAUUAUUUAGGAUCUAAACUUUUACCGUUCGGUAUAAAGAAACAACUACAGCGUCUGCAAACGCAUAUCAAAAAUCAAAUAAAAUCAACAACAGUAACUGUACAAUCUGAAGGGUCACUUCGAAAGUUUGACAAGCCGUGCCUCAGAACAUAUGAAAAAUGUGAAGUAAGUUAUAGUUUGGGAGGCGAUCAGAAUAUUCCCGCACACGAAUUCGUCCAUCCCGAGUCUUCAAGGUUGACGACACAUUAUAUUGUGAAGAAAACAGUGCGAUUUAUUUCGGCUUGUCUGAAUGCAAGGAAAAAUGGAACAAUACAUUUCGGUAUUAAACGAACAGGGCGAAAGAAAGGAUACAUUAUUGGCUGUGAAAAUACGACGACUCUUUUAGAAUCCAUGGAUCAAAUCAUUCUGAAUGGUAUAAGGAGAUGUUUUGGCCACCUGAACAAUCACCUACAAAAAAAUAUAAUACGAUGUACGAGACCAGUACAUAUUAUACACGUCUCAGGCGAAAAUUCAGUUGUGGUAGAAAUUGAUAUUGUGCCGUUUGAUAAACAUUUAGCAGAUUCAUUCUACUCUGCAAUGUUUCCUCCAAACGGGCCGCAGCGUGAAGUGUUCUUUUUGUAUGAAGCUAGCCCAAACUGUGAUAUCGUUGAAAUAGAAAGAGAUAGGGUUGAGGCCGCAAAGCUCGAGUUGAAGGAUGCUAUUAGGGAGAGACAAAUUCUCGAUGCAGAAACGCUUAGACAUUACCGUUCAGCAUUCGAUCUCGUUCAGCAUUUAACUUAUGAACUUACUGGAGAUAUUUUAUCCAAUAAUAUGUGCAGGAAAAAUGGAAACAACUGA